UGCAUCCUCCCAUUCUUCCUCCAAGCCUAUGAAUACAAAAUGGCUUAGAAUCCUCAUUCUUCUCUCAAUAAUUAAACAAAAAAUUAUCUCUAGAAAUGCCUAGAGCUGUAGCUAAAAAUUAGUCAAUUUAGGUCGUCUUCUCUCCCGAUCAAUCUGUUCGCAAUCUGUUUGUUGCAUUCAGCCAUGGAGCACAUUUGUUAUGCCGUUGCUAUUCUUGCGCUGCUUCAAGCACCGUUGGUCUCGGUGGCUUCUUCGUCGCCGCCGUCGUCGUCUAACCACCCGCAGCAAGCCAGCUUCGCCGUCAACACCCCCGCGAAAAAGCCGACGACUCCCGGCGGCGCCGGCGGCGGCCAGCAGGCCAGCACCAGCUUCGCCGUCGGCAACGGGCAGCAGUCCAGCAGCUUCGUCGUAGCCGGCGGCCCCGGCAGCUUCGGCGAGUUCAUCGCCGAGAACGUGGAGAGCUACGCCGUGAACAAGCAGAUCUACGCCGCCAAGGUGAAGAACGGCACGGGCGUGUCGGCGGUGGACGCGGAGCUGUCGGCGGCGGAGGCCGGGGCCGUGCGGUGGGUGGUGAGCCCCGACGGCAAGGGCAAGUUCCGGACGAUCAACGAGGCCGUGAAGGCCGUCCCGGAGAAGAACAAGAAGCGGGUCAUCCUCGACAUCCGCCCGGGCACCUACAAGGAGAAGGUGCUGGUCCCGUACACGAAGCAUUUCGUGACGUUCCUGGGCGACCCCAAGCACCCGCCAGUGAUCAUGUGGAACGACACGGCGGCGACCCACGGCAAGGACGGCGCGCCCGUCGGCACCGUCGGCAGCGCCACCGUCGCCGUCGAGUCCGACUACUUCCUGGCCUCCGGCAUCGUCUUCAGGAACCACGCGCCGAUGGCGGCGCCGGGGCAGAAGGGCGGGCAGGCGGUGGCGCUGCGGGUGUUCGGGACCAAGGCGGCCUUCUACAACUGCACCAUCGACGGCGGGCAGGACACGCUGUACGACCACAAGGGCCUCCACUACUUCAAGGGCUGCCUCAUCCAGGGCAGCGUCGACUUCAUCUUCGGCUUCGGGCGGUCGCUCUACGAGGACUGCGCCAUCGUCUCGGUGACCAAGCAGGUGGCGGUGCUGACGGCGCAGCAGCGCACCAAGAGCAUCGCCGGCGCCAUCGAGAGCGGCUUCUCCUUCCUCCGGUGCCGCGUCUCCGGCGCCGGCCAGAUCUACCUCGGCCGCGCCUGGGGGGACUCGUCGCGGGUCGUCUACUCCUACACCGACAUGGGCAAGGAGGUGGUGCCCGUGGGCUGGGACGGCUGGAACAUCCAGGCGCCGGAGCGGAGCGGCGUCUACUACGGCGAGUACCGGUGCUCCGGCCCGGGGGCGCUCGCGCACAAGCGCAUCGGCUGGUCGCUCAUCCUCAACGACGUCCAGGCCAAGCCCUUCACCGGCACGCACUUCGUCUACGGCGACUCCUGGAUCCUGCCGCCGCCCAAGCUGGCCUAGUUUUUUUUUUUUUGAGAAAAAGGGUUGGACUUUAUUGAUAACAUUUUACAUCCAGCCCCCUGAAAGGGCACCCCAAAGUACAAGA